AUUGGAACCCACGUUGCUCGGCCAUUAGCCUGGGUGAAAAAGUCUGCUGGUGUUAACAUUGCACCACAGUCUCCUCUGACUGGGACAUCCCGGAAGGACCAUCGAUCGGUGAAGCUGAGCAAGGCUGGAGUUCCGCUGCUGAAACCCGAUCUGAAAUCCAGAGGGACAACUGGGAACAACCUGGUCACUCAGAUCCUCAGCUUGCCCGGCCAGAUUAUUGGCUAUUUAAUGGCCCACUCGUUUGGUCGACGGAUGCUAUACCCCGGCUCGGUUUCAUUGCUCCAGAAAGCCAUCAUGCCGAUGCUGCUACAGGGACAGGCGCGUCUGAUGGAGGAGUACCAAGGGAAGCGAGCUAAGCUGCUCGCCUGUGACGGAAACCAGAUCGAUACAGUGUUUGUGGACCGGAGGGCGUCGGAGACCGAGCGUGGGAAAAAGCUGGUGGUCUGCUGUGAAGGGAACGCUGGUUUCUAUGAGGUUGGCUGUGUCAGCACCCCAAUGGAAGCGGGAUACUCGGUCCUCGGAUGGAACCACCCUGGGUUUGCGGGAAGCACGAUUGGAACCCACGUUGCUCGGCCAUUAGCCUGGGUGAAAAAGUCUGCUGGUGUUAACAUUGCACCACAGUCUCCUCUGACUGGGACAUCCCG